GCAAGUAUGACUUACAGUCAGUUGUUUUUGUAGAUUUAAAAAUCAAAAAGCAUUGAUACAGUGUGAUAUAGUGUUUUGCGUUCACCAGCAAUUACCGAAUUGUCCUUACCGUAUUUUUUAUUAUUGUUUUUGUUCUGAGUUGAAACAAACUAUCUAAAAUUUCUUAAUGUCAGUGAAUUUGUUUUAUCGUUUUGGGCCAACUCUUUCAAAACGUUUAAUCUCAUCAACAGCUUGUCGACUUGAUAUCUUCACAAUUCAAGACGAGAAUGACUUCAAAUCUAAAGUGAUUGACAAUAAAAAACCAGUCAUUGUUGAUUUCUAUGCAUCGUGGUGUAACCCAUGCAAGCAAUUAACACCACGAUUGGAAACUGUUAUAGCUGGUAAAUCGGACAAAAUUGAUCUCGCUAAAGUAGAUGUGGAUAACCAUGAAGGAUUAGCAGGAGAAUAUAAAGUUAGUUCAGUUCCUUCAAUAUUCGCUAUAAAAGACGGAAAAGUCGUAGAUUCGUUUGUUGGUAAUAUCGAUGAUGAUAAACUUCGUGCCUUCGUUCACAAACUAGCCGAUAACUAAAUUAAUUUGAAAAAUGAAAUUAUGAUUCUUUUCCUAUUCCAACUUCAAAAUAAUUUUUCUAAUUAUUUUGGGUUACUGGAUUCAAUUUUUGAUUUUUCGCAACACACAUUUCCUUUCCUUCUAGAUGAAUUUAAAAGAUGAUUAACCAUCGCAAUCAUCCCCCUUUAAAAUUAUAUAGAUUUUUUGUUUAUUAGUCUUUUUGGCUCCUCAAAAAUUUCAUCAAUCACGAUGAUAAAUGUCCAUAGCUAAUAUCUCUUUCAUAUCAAUGCGAACUAGUUGACAAAUUUAGCUUCGAUUGAUGUUAAUUUGAGUAUUGUAAGAAAUAAAACAUCCUUUAUUUAACAUUAAA